AUGCAAGCACCAACUACCAGCAACACACCUUCUUCUCUAAUGCUACCACCACCACCCAUAUCGACUCUGCCCGAUCCUAAUCCAAUGGUCACUGAGCCUUUUGAACAACGCAAACAACUUGACAACUUCGUCAAAGAGUUUGCACCACAUCAAGGGUACGGUAUCAUCAUCGGUCACUCUGGACGAGAUCCGUACCUCUACUGCAAAUACGACUGCCAUUGUGGAGGAAAACCUGCCAAGCGAAAGGGCCAAACUGAUUCGAACGAGUGUGAUCCACCGAAGAAGACCAGAUCAAUCAAGAUCGGAUGCCCCUUCAAGAUGAAAGCUACUUUCCACAAAGAACGACGCACCUGGACUCUCCAUCACGAGAACACAUAUCACAAUCAUGGGCCAAUGGAAAUGGAAAUUCCAGAUAUCACAUCCAGCAUUGCACCAACCUCUUUUCCAAAGGCCGAGCAAACACUUGAUCUAGAUCCAAGUCACAAACCGAUAGACACUAGCCUUCAAUCACAACUGCUAUCAAUCAGUAACCGUAUCCUAUCAAUGACGGCCUCUCAACAAGAUGAGAUUAUACAAUCAAUCCACAAACUACUUGAUGCGGUAUGUAAUGUACCUGAAGAUAAGAUUCCCACCAAUCUUCCUGACCCCCAUCAAGACGCUGCUAUACAACUUUUAGACGACUUAGAACAAUUCAACGAACUCAUUCAAUUUCAAUCUCCCUUGCAUGUUAAAGAUAACGAUACCAGUAUUAUGUAUUGCCAGGAACCAGAAAAAUCUCCUACUCGGCCCAGCAGUACUGAUAUCGAUGCUCUCAACAUCACAGUUAUGAACAACCAGCCACUUAUGAAUGAUCAGCCCUCCUUUGAUUCAAUAUACUCUUUUCUUCUUGAAGAUCUCCUCCAGCCUUCUCUACAACCAAGCGUUCAGACCAAUUGCCAGGUUCUUGAUGCAACACCUGAAAUCGAUGUUAAUAGUGCUGCCGAACAUCAUGAACCUUCCUCUCAUGACCAUGCAAGAAACAUCGAUCAGGAGGCCUCUGUCCCCAGCACGCUACCCAGCUUAUCAUUCAACAAAGUUCCGAUUUCACCCCACCCGGUUGGCGAUACAUUGCAAGUUCCAAUACCACAGGCCAGAACCACCAGAUCCACUAUCAAGAAAACUGCGAGUGUAUCACCCUGUCGAACCCGAAGUAAAGUAGAUCUAGUUACAGGAGUCGCAGCGCAGAGUGGUGUCAAAAGAACUCAAAUUUCUAGAACCUGCAGCACUCUCAGUGCAAAGAAACACAAAUGA